GGCGUGCGUGUGUUAGCCAACUUGUCAUCAUACCGUUCCUCGUAUGCUAUGAUCUGACCUGAAACACAACAAAAUAGCAACGAUUUCUUCAAUGUAAAUAUAAAAGGCUUAAAGCCAACACUCUUCUAACUAUCUUUCCCUCUCAAUAUAUAUUUUGGUUUUGUUUUAUACUUGUAUAGCUGGUCGUCUUUUUCUUCUUCUUCAUCAGUGUUUCUUUUCUUGUAAUAAACUCUCAACUCUCAACCCCUUAAUUGCACUUAUUCUCUUCCUCGGUUUCUUCGCUCACUCCUUUAUAUAUAUAUAUAUAUAUAUGUAAAAUCAGAAUGGCUGCUGCAGUAUUUCACCAAGCUAUUGGGACUCCUUACUCCAGUCUUCAUCACGAGUUUAGGGAAAAUUCAUUGCGAUUGAAUUCAAACAGUUUCAGGCUCGAAAUUGGAGUGUCAAGAAGAGGAUGUCAUCGCUCUGACCAGAGGAAUUUUUGUGUAGUUCAAGCCUCAACAUCUCAAACUUCAGUGUUUGAUCCAGUUUCAUCCCCCUCAACUAACAACACCAAUAACUCCAAGAAGAAAUCAAAUGAAACGGCUUUGAUUCUGAUGCGGCAUGGUGAGUCAUUAUGGAAUGAAAAGAACUUGUUCACAGGUUGUGUUGAUGUGCCACUAACCAAGAAGGGUGUGGAAGAAGCAAUUGAAGCUGGCAAGAGAAUCAGCAAUAUACCUGUUGACAUGAUCUAUACAUCUUCACUGAUUCGUGCUCAGAUGACUGCCAUGCUUGCCAUGACCCAGCACCGUCGCAGGAAGGUGCCAAUAAUCAUUCAUAAUGAGAGUGAACAGGCAAGGACAUGGAGUGAAAUUUUCAGUGAAGAUACCAAAAAGCAAUCCAUUCCAGUCAUAGCAGCUUGGCAAUUAAAUGAAAGAAUGUAUGGAGAAUUACAGGGCCUCAAUAAGCAGGAGACGGCAGAUAGAUAUGGGAAGGAACAAGUUCAUGAGUGGCGUCGCAGUUACGAUAUUCCUCCUCCUAAUGGCGAGAGUUUGGAAAUGUGUGCUGAAAGAGCUGUUGCAUAUUUCAAAGAUCAAAUUGAACCCCAGCUUCUGUCAGGAAAAAAUGUAAUGAUUGCCGCCCAUGGGAAUUCAUUGAGGUCCAUCAUUAUGUAUCUUGACAAAUUAACUUCGCAAGAGGUUAUCAGUUUAGAACUAUCAACUGGAAUACCCAUGCUUUACAUUUUCAAAGAGGGAAAAUUCAUUAGGAGGGGAAGUCCUGUAGCACCUACUGAGGCAGGAGUUUAUGCUUAUACUAGGGGUUUAGCUCAAUACAGGCAGAAGUUAGAUGAGAUGUUUCAUUAAUUUGCCUUGAAGUAUAGUGGCUUUACCUGUUGUUUGUUGAUGACAUAAAUAGAGUACAAAGGCAAGAAUUGUUUUUGAUACUGUUACAUAUGUAAGAGCCAGCUGCAUGAAGUAUGUAUCCGUACAGUUUACAAUUAAUAGGUCAGAAAGCUGGCUGCUAUUCCUGUGUACUUUUUGGAUGUGUGAACGUUCCAGUGGCAGAUGUGUGGAGACAUAUAGAUCUUAUAUUUGUUUUUUACUUCUUAAACCCCAAUGUUUAAAUUGUAAUUGGCAGACCUGAAAUAAGAAUAUCAUUUUGGCACUA